GGUAAAACCAAAGAAGGCUUCGCUAUUCUCCUAAAAACACUUUUCUUGAUCGUUUGCUGUUUGGGUUAAGUGUUAAGUGUGACCUUCCGCAAAAUAAGCGUAAUUUCUUCUGCGAUUCCUAUUCAGGAACGUUUGUAUUUAGUAAAUGGACAAUGCGUUGGCAGCCGGCUCGGGAGAAGAUGAGUUCGUCAUUGAGUCUUCGCAGGCCCCAAACCUUCGUGUUCGAAAAAGACAAAUAUGCUACCGUGAAUCUGAUCAAUUAUCGGCCAAAAAGAAAAGUAAGCCAAGGAACCGAUCAAAGGCUGCUCCUGCUGCUAAGCCUGGGAACGGAGAGGUAUCCAAAUCGAAAUCAAACGAUCCUAAUCCAUCGCAAGCGAUAUCAGAUGAGUUCAUUCAACUGCCCGAUACACAAUCGCUAUUCGCCGGAAUAGAAACGUCGGUAGAUCUGUUCAAAAAUCAAGAGCAACUAGCGGCACUGUACGUAAUACAACAAAAUGCCAUGAUGCAGCAGGAAGAAGAAGAAUUGGACCGGCUAUUACAUGGAUUACGAGGAAGCUACGAAGUGGCUAGCAAACGGGUUCCCAAGACUCCCUCUUCUCCUGAAAUGGUCAGUGUGAACGGUGCGACGUACCCUAGGAAAGGGAAGGAAAAUGUUUCCUUUACAAGCAAAUGUACCCAUCCCAGCACUACCAUAGAACGACCUACGUGCUCCAAUUUAACUGCCAAUUCGGAUGCAGUUGCCGAGCAGAAACGACCAGUCGAAACACAACACCAAUCGAAGUUUGAAAUACAGUCGGAACCAUUGAAUCUAUCCACGGCGCUGCCUGCUAAGAAAGCUUCGUUCGCAUUUCCUCGUCCUGUGGCAGCGUCAACUCCGAGGUACCCAAGAGUGCUGCAACCUUUCGUUCAACGUUUCUCGAAUAACGUGAAACAAACCGAAAGACCGAAGCAAAUAAGUCCAUUACAGCAAAGUGUAUCCUCGACUGUAACAUCAGCGCAGGAAGUGGGCAUACAAGCAAACGUCCGACCGCGAUACAGAAAUGCAGGAAUACAGAACAGAACGGAUAAUUGCUUCGAAAUCACGCGGUACAACACUAUCCUGCUGGCGCGGGAAUUCCGUAUCGACCCCGAGCAGCUACGCAAAAAGAUGAAAAGAAUCUGUAACAUACCAGUGCUACAGCAGCAGCCACUCUGGCAGAAACGCAGUUUGAACGAUGUUUUCACUAACAACGACCCCUACUAUGCAAACUUGGAUUUUUUCAUAAAAGAUCGCAGCUCUCGGUUUUCAUGGGAAUGAUGCACGGAAUCACGCCGACGGCGGAAAA